AUGAUUCGCGAAACGGUCUCCCAAACCUACUUGGCCUCGUUCCUCGCCUUUGAACGCAACGUGCAUUCGUACAAUACUGACGUAACGUUUGACUGGCUGCGGCAGAUGAUCGAGAGAGAGCAGCGGUAUAAACCUCACAGCUUCUAUUUCACGGAAUGUCAGUUUGGAGCCUUCACCGAGAACGACAGGACGAUCCUUAUAGAGUGGUUUACUGAGAUUGCCCUGAGUAAGCGCUUGCCUCUCUCUGCAGUAGUUCGAGCAACUUCCCUCAUGGACCGCUACUUUUCGACGGUCUAUUCAAUCAAAGACGACCGAGAGCUCUCGGCGGCAGCCUUACGCUGCAACAACACUGCGUACAUAUUUGUUGCCAUGAUGUGCUUCAACAUUGCAGUGAAAGUUGAGGGAGAAAAAUCGUGCAUCCCCCUUUUCAUACAGAUGUGCAAAGUUAGCUCCAAUCUUCUCAUAGACCUAGAGGCAAAAAUCCUUCGGGCGCUAGAAUGGGAAGUGUUUGUCCCUACGUCACUAACCUUUGCUGAAGACUGUUUAAUGAUGUUGAUGCAGACCUGCUUUCAGAUAGGGUUGAAUCAGCAUUGCCCUCCAUACUCGCCUCAAGGUGAAAAAGAUUCCCCGCCGAACUCAGAUUUCAACUACUUGCGGCCAGAUCCGUGGGGAGGUAGCCCUGGCCCCAUGGACUCGUUCCCUCGAUUUUGCAAAGACGUUAUGAACUACCUUCAUCUAAUACUGAGUAAUCCAGUUUUCCUGCAAUUCUCACCUUCCGUGCAAGCAUGCGCGGCCAUCUAUCUAGCUGCUUGCGUGAAUGUGAAGAAUGCAUCUCUUAAAACAAAGCUUCUAAAGUUUCUAGACGACCUCAAAGCUGUUUCUGGUCAGAACAUCAGCGCCGUCCAAAAGUGCGGCCAGGCUCUUCAUUGCUUCAUACGUUCCGGGUCUGCAACUCUGCACGAUGAAGCGAUAAUGCCUCUCGUCCAGCCCCCCUCCAAACGUAUUAAAUAUUAG